AUGUCCUCAAAAUCUCGGUCUACAUUCGCCUCUAAGGUGACAAAAAAGCGGGAUCCUAUCACUAAAUGGGUCCUUCGUGCUGUCUUCGUAUGCGUCGUGUCUGCACUUUUUAGCUGGCUCGACGCCAUUAAGGACCGUUGGUAUGUCUUCGAUCCAACUGCGAUCCACGAACUUGCGCAGGCAGCCAUUGCGGCCUCCCCGAACAAUACUGCGGGCAUGAUAUCCCACAUAGUUUCAAACCUCACCGCUACCUACCCGUCGACGCAGAUCGCGCUCAACGCGGAUACGUCCGAAUGGAUGUUCAACAACGCCGGCGGUGCGAUGGGCGCGAUGUACGUCAUCCACGCGAGCAUCACCGAGUACCUGAUCAUCUUUGGCACCCCGCUCGGGACGGAGGGGCACUCGGGGCUGCACACCGCGGACGACUACUUCAACAUUCUAGUCGGCGAGCAGUGGGCGUUCCAGCCAGGUGCUCUGGAGAUGGAGAGGUAUCCUGCUGGGAGCGUGCAUCUCAUGCCAAGAGGUGUUGCAAAGCAGUAUAAAAUGCAUGAGGGGUGCUGGGCCAUGGAAUAUGCCCGAGGCUGGAUCCCUCUAAUGCUUCCGUUCGGGUUUGCGGACGGGUUGACGUCGACGCUCGACAUCCCUACACUGUGGAAGACGACCCGGGUGACCGCUCGAGAGAUGAUUAGAAACUUGCUCAUAGGCAAGAUAUAG